UCAUUCAACACACGUGUGGGAAGCAAGGAACAAAAGGCAGCAACCAGCCACAACCAGCAAGAAGUACGGUGGUGUGCUGUCUUUCCUCUCUGCAAGCAAGUGAGCAGACGACCAUCACCAACAACGCCGCGGUGUGGUUGUUCCGACAGCAGCAGCAGAGGCUGUGGCGAGUGGUUAGCAGUGGGCUUGCACGGCAGUUGUGCGUGGCACAGAGUAGAACAGCAGUCACAGCAGCAGUACCAACUGCAGCAGCAGCAGCAGUAGCAGCAGCAGUAGUAGCGGUGCAGCGUGCACGCUUGUCAACAACCACACUAGGGCAACCCCCCACCAUGUCAUCAACAGCCACUGCUUCCACCGCAGAGCGCCCAGCAACCCCAGAUGGCUUUGUGAAGAUCACAGAGGGCGAGGCCACAAUCCUGUUUCCGUCCAGUGAUGAAGUGUUUUACAACCCCGUGCAGGUGUUCAACCGCGACCUCAGCACCUGCGUCAUCACGGCGUUUGCAGAGCAGUAUCUGAACGAGCGCUCGGAGAAGGCACGAAAGAAGCUCGUUCGGCGCCUGGGCGAACAGAAGAGUGACGAGCCAGCAGCAAAUGCCGCGAAGGGCAGCGACACAGACACCAGCACAGCCACGCCCACCAAGCCAUCCUCCUCCUCCUCCUCCUCUUCCACCACAACAGCGACAACGACAACGACAACGGCAGCAGCGCCACCAGACGCGUCAUCCAGCACAUUCCUGCAGGAGCACGCGGCAGAGCACCCACGUCUGGCUGCGUGGCGCGGACCGCAGGACGCCGGGUUUGACCGCAGCGAGCACGGCAUCUCCGUGCUGGAGGCGCUGGCCGCAUCAGGCCUGCGCUCCAUCAGGUAUCACAAGGAGAUCCCGACCAUCUCCCGCAUCGUGUGCAACGACUUCUCCGAGGAGGCGGUGCAGUCCAUUCGGCGCAACGUCGACUACAACCACCUCGACCCGCACCACCACGUCAUCCCAAACCAUGGCGACGCCUGCAUGGUGAUGCACGAGCACCGGAGCAAAGGCAGCAAGUUUGACGUUGUUGACCUCGACCCAUAUGGCUCGGCGUCGCCGUUCCUUGAUGCUGCGGUGCAAUCUGUCAGCAGCGGCGGCCUGCUGUGCAUCACAUGUACGGAUAUGGCUGUCCUCUGUGGCAACUACCCGGAGACGUGUUUUGCCAAGUACGGAUCCAUGCCCGCAAAGCGCCAGCACUGCCACGAAAUGGGUGUGCGCACGCUGCUUGCGCUGACGUCCCGCCUCGCCACCCGCUACGGACGCUACAUCCACCCGCUGCUGUCGUGCUCGAUUGAUUUCUACUGCCGCGUGUUUGUGCGUGUGUUUGACGGCGCCGCCAAAGCGAAGGAGGCAUCCACGAAGAUGUGCCAGGUGUUCCAGUGCACGGGCUGCCAGUCGUUCCACGUCGCCCCACUCGGCCGCACCGCCUCAACCAAGAAGGGCGGGACCAAGUACACCCCCGGCCACGCUCUUGAUAUUGGCUCCCACUGCGCAGACUGCGGUCGCAUCUACCACAUGGGAGGCCCGUUUUGGAGCGCCCCCAUGCACGACGGCGAGUUCAUUUCAAAAUGCCUGGACCACAUGUCCUCCAACAAGGGCAAAUACGCCACAGAGACGCGCAUGAAGGGCAUGCUCUCCCUCUGCAAGGAGGAGCUGCCGACACCGCUGUACUACACGGUGAGCGGGAUGGCAAGCAUUCUUCACUGCCAGUGCCCGCCCCACUCCGAUAUCAGGUCUGCGAUUGUCAAUGCCGGAUAUGAGGUGUCGCCGACGCACUGCACCGCGCAGGGCAUCAAGACCACGGCCCCGCCGCACGUCAUGUGGGACAUCUACAGAACAUGGGUGCGAAAGAACCCGGUGAGCGAGAAAGUGCUGUCGAAGGACUCACCCGCCUCAAAGAUACUCAAGGGAGCACCAACGACGGAGAUUGACUUUACAUACAACAAGGCAGCGCAGCCCAGGUCCAAGCUUGACGGCCUCGUCCGCUAUCCAGAGAACCCGGCGCCAAACUGGGGUCCAAAGGCCCGCGCUGGGAAGCGCCGGCCCGAAGAGCCCAAGACUGCUUCAAAGCGCGCAGACCACUCUUCUUGAUAUGAUGUGUGACAUGAUGUGUGAUGUGUGAUGUGUGUGCGUGUGUGAUGUGUGAUGUGUGUUCGAUACAACACACGAUCAACAUCGUUGCUGGUCUUGCUUGCUUGCUCGAAACCAAAUGCCAGCGAAUGACAUCAUGUUUUGCGUUUUGUGAAAGAUGAUCACCAUUUUUCGACACGCCAAGCAAGAGACAAGCAACGAG